UCCGACUUAUGCUACGGUCCGCUCGCAGUAUUUAUAUGCAGGAGCUACGAUGCUGUAAGGUGAGUGCCUUCGAUAUCCCGCCGCACACCCUCACAUAAGCAUCCCACUCAUGGCAGCCAUCGUCAACGGAGUCCACCCAUCUGCCACUCGGCCGCUGACCCCUGGUGUAUUUGCACCCAUCCCUUCAUUCUUCCUCCCCGAGUCUGAGGAUCUGGACAUCCCGACCUUCCAGUCCCAUGUCGUUCGAAUCGCUUCUGCAGGCAUGGGUCUUGUAAUUACUGGAUCCAUGGGCGAGGCUAUUCACCUGUCGCAUGCUGAGCGCGUAGCACUCAUCCGCGCUGCACGAACGGCUUUGGACGAGGCUGGGCUGACGACGGUUCCUAUGAUUGUUGGCACGGGCGCUGCAAGGUCUGUGUUGCUUCUCAUGCUCCUUCUCUCUGCUCACACUGGCCGAAGCACCCGGGAAACGAAUGAGCUCACCAAGGAGGCUGCCGCUGCGGGUGCUGAUUAUGCUAUUGUCAUCGCAUCAGGGUAUUUCGCCGGUGCAUGGGGUCACAACCAUGCGGCGCUCAAGGCCUACUUCACUGAGGUGGCUGAGAAGAGUCCCAUUCCCGUGAUGAUCUACAACUAUCCUGGCGCCAGCGGAGGUAUCGAUCUCGAUUCGGACGUUAUCGUGGAGCUUGCGAGAGAGUGUCCGAAUAUCUGUGGUGUGAAGCUGACAUGUGGAAACGUAGGGAAGCUGACCAGAAUCGCGUCCGCUGUUUCCGGUGCGAGCGACUUCUCGUCCAAGUUCCCUCGGAAGACCUCGACGGCACCUUUCCUCGUUUUGGGCGGCUUCAUCGAUUUCCUCACUCCUUCCGCAUUCGCCAGUGGACACGGUGCCAUUACUGGGCUCGGCAAUGUCGCACCCCACGCGAUCCGCAAAUUAUUUGAGCUCUCCGAGCAAGCCACGACGGAUCUGUCCGUUCUCCCCGAGGCUCUGCGCCUGCAGGGGAUCAUCGCGCGCGCCGACUACACGAUUGCCAAGGCUUCCAUAGCAGGAACCAAAUUUUUGCUGCAGAAGCUGCAUGGAUACGGGGGAACAACCCGCAAGCCAUUGCCCCCCUUCCCUGCUGCGGCUGGGCAAGCCCUCUGGGAGCACCCGGACACAGUAGCCGUCGUCGCGCUCGAGCGGGAAUUCAGCGGGAAGACUCAGUAGAUUCACAGUACGAGAUGGGCCACGAAGUGAUUUAAUGAAUAAAUUUGUAUAUAAAUGCUGAUUUCGGUCCUCCGGGACGCAUCUCCGGGACCGAGGUGUCCGACCGAGUGUGACGGGCGGUCAGAGUCGCUAGUAACAGUGACCACUCUUGACUGUGCUGGCGCUGCCGCGCUCUCUAGAUAAGCGUCCUCGCGAUGGACCUCCAUCCCAACUGUCUCAUCCGCUCUCACCAUGCCUGCACGAGUGAUCACCGUGGUCCUCAACUCCAAUCACAACAAACGAUUUGCCCUUCGCCUAACAUCCGAGGUUUCACCCAGUGACCGAGACACGAUUCUCAAAGAAGCAAAGAACAAAUUUAAGAUUCGGCCAGCGGAUGUAUUUCUGCUUGGCGGUGUCUCGCUUGCCCCGGCAGAAGCAGUGCCGGAGCUGGCCAGCAAAGUUUGGAUCGGCAAAGGGGAACCAUACUGCGGUCCACCCGCGCCGUGCUCCCCAAAUGAUAAUCCGGCCGCAAUGCGUGUCUUCUG